AUGGAAGUCAAUGGUGAACCAGAUAUAGCUGGUAUUUUCAGCGCGGCUUUAAUGCCAUUGAAAGAUAUGAAACAUGCAGAUAUUUUGGACCAGUAUGAAAUGAACAUGGCUGAUGGAAAUAUAACACCUGACGUUCUAAAACAUUUAUCUCAAAGAACUACACAGAACCAUAGAGAUGGUAUAUUUGGUGAAGAGUUUAGAAAGAAAGUUAGGGAGAGAGAAGGAAGAGAACCUAUUGUACAUGACCUUGCAAACGAAAGUUUACAAAAUGUCAUAAAAACUUACUUUGCAGACAAUGAACUGAGAAGGGAUGAAUAUUUAAGAAAACUCAAAUGGACAGUACCAAAUGAAAUGUUAGUAUUGAAAAACAUGUUCCUUGACAAAAUAAAACCAACUACAGAAAUAAAUGACGCAAGACUGAAACAUUGGGUAAAAGCUUUCCCAUUCACAAAAGAUAUUGUUGGUAACAUGGAAAGAAAACCAGAAUGGCUACAAAAACAUAUAUUUGGAAACGAGCUUAUUCCAUAUGGACAAGCUCUGUUUGAAGAGCUUGAACCGGAAACUCAGGAAAGAGUCAUGCAAACAAUACGCGAAGACUCAAAUACAAACUAUGACAAACUCUUUCUAGGAUAUAG